AUGCCCAACAUCACUGUGGAGGCAGACUUCUUCCUCACCCAAUUCUCUAACAGCAAGCAGCUCCAGGUCUUCCAUGGGAAUUGUCUCGUCAUCGUCCUUGUCACUGUGGACUGGUGUCUUCACACCCCCAUGUACUUCUUCCUGAAGUAUUAUUCUAAUGCACUUUGUAAAGGAUACGAGUUAAAUGCAGUGGAAGCCAUGGUCAAUCUUACAGUAGAGACAGACUUCAUCCUCACCCAAUUCUCUGACAGCAAGCGGCUCCAGGUCUUCCAUGGCUUUCUGUUUCUGCUGAUUUACAUGGUGACUAUCAUGGGGAAUCUUCUCAUCUUUACCCUUGUCACUCUGGACCGGUGUCUUCAUACCCCUAUGUACUUCUUCCUGAAGAACUUGUCCUUCCUGGAUGUGGGCCUCAUUUCAGCCACUGUCCCAAACUUUAUUUGGAACUCUUUGACCCAUAGGAGCAUAAUCUCUUUCUCAGGAUGUGUGAGUCAGGUCUUGUUGGUUGUGCAUUUUGUUGGGUGUGAGAUUUUCAUCCUGACAGCCAUGUCUUAUGACCGCUAUGUGGCCAUCUGCCACCCACUACACUAUGAGGUCAUUAUGAACAAUAGAAUCUGUGUACAGAUGGUAGCAGUUUCUUGGUUCUUUGGCAGCAUCUUUGGGGUUUUAUACUCGGCUGGGGCUUUCUCUCUAGCAUUCUGUGGUUCCAGAAAACUCCCACAGAUUUUCUGUGAUGUCCCCUCUCUAUUGAAGAUUUCUUGCUCUAGGACACAUAUCACCACUGAUGUUAGUGUGACCAUUGGAAUCAUAUAUGGAUUACUCUGCCUAGUAUGCAUUGGGUAUUCAUAUAUUUAUAUCUUUAAUACAGUUCUGAGAAUGCCAUCAUUACAAGGACGGUCAAAAGCCUUCUCCACCUGUGUGCCCCAUCUCAUAGUUGUCACCACAUUUAUAGUUACAGCUGUUUUUGCCCAUUUGAAGCCAGUCCCUGACACUCCACACCUUGUGGACUUCUUGGCAUCUGUUUUCUAUUCUGUGAUGCCUCCAUCUUUGAACCCUAUAAUAUACAGUCUGAGGAACAAGGAAAUCAAAGCUGCUUUUGGGAAGCUCCUGUGGAGACUACAUCACUGUGUUAUGGGAAAACAAUAG